CGACAGAUCAUCAACUUGAUUUCUUUGACUUUUCAGUUCAGUGAGCAUCGAGUACAGAUUGAGGAUGAGGCCUUCUGCUGUGCGGCUGCUCAACAUAUUAGUCCCUAUAAAGAGGGCGGUAGACUAUGCCGUGAAGAUUCGCGUGAAUCCUGAGCAGACAGGUAUCGACCUCAAUGUUAAACAUUCCAUGAAUCCCUUUGAUGAGAUUGCUGUGGAGGAAGCCGUUCGGAUACGAGAACGCCUAAAGGAUGCAGUGAAAUCUAUCAAGGUUGUUACCAUCGGCCCACCAAAGUCCGCGGAGACGCUCCGCACCGCACUCGCCAUGGAAUCUGCUCCGGCCCCAGAACCUCUUGGUGUCGCGAAGACUUUGAAGGCCCUUAUCGAACGACAGAAGGAGGGUGUGGACGUAGUAAUUUUGGGCAAGCAAGCUAUUGACGAUGACGCUGGACAAACCGGACAAAUGCUCGCUGGCCUCAUGGGGUGGUCACAGGCAACAUUUGCGAGCAAGGUUGAGGUAGACCCAGAACAGAAGGUUGCGAACAUCACUCGUGAGAUCGAUGGAGGUCUCGAGGAACUUAGGUGCAAGUUUCCUGUCAUCAUAACAACAGAUCUUCGGCAAGUCCAUUUGUUUAAUCUCGGCCUAUUCCAAGAACCCCGGUAUGCCUCGUUGCCCAAUAUCAUGAAAGCCAAGAAGAAACCUGUGGAGAAGUUGACGGCUGUCGAGCUUGGAGUUGACCUAACGCCUAGACUAGAGACCAUCAAAGUCACAGAACCUCCAAAGCGCGUUGGUGGUGGCAAGGUGGCAAACGUGGACGAGCUUCUCGCCAAACUCAAAGAGGCUGGUGUUACUGGAAAGCGUGCAUAGCAGCAGCCUUAGUGUCCCGCACUCGCCUAGCUGUAUACUAAGUACUGAGGAUAGCACACAGGGCACUAUGAUAUUUUCAAUGAUAAAUGAUCUUUUCUAUGUGCUGUAC